UAAUGUUGUUUCGACAUAAUUGUUAGAAUAAUUAGAAAUCACUGUAGAUUAUUAUUUACUGCUAUUAUUUAAUGCAAAUGCAGGCUGUAAUAAAAGUUUAAAAAUCUAUUCCAGGUGGGGGGUCAAAUCUAAGGAAGAUAUAUUUUACAAAGUAUGUGUUGCAGAUUUUGUCAACAGGGUACCAAUAGAAUAGAAACAUUAAAAUCUUUUCAGCAAAAUAUAAUGGCAAAUUGAUUGUGGAAACCGAGCAGAACUGUCAUUUUUAAUGUUAAUUGAAAUUUUCAAAAAUUAUACGCAAUAAGUAAACGCAUUUAAAAAAGUGUUUAAUUUUAAGAAAUUAAAAUUAAUUUUGUGGUUUUGUUUUUUCUUGUAAAAUCACUAGAAACAUUUAAUUAUGUCGACAAUUAAGCAUCAUAAACUAAAGCGUUAAAACCUCGUAUAAUAUCGAUAUUAUUAAUAAAUCGAUAUAGCCGAGGUUUUCAUAAUUCCGGUAUCAUAUCGGCAUUACUUAAAGUAUUGCUCGUAAGUAUCGAGAAGCGAAACCGUGACGAAAAAUAUUUACACUGCUCGACGACGUUCUGUCGAUAGAGCUCAAACGAUGCUUUUUCGUCUUUAUUAUUGUCGAUCGAACGAUAUUUGCAAAUAGUUCUUUGACGUUGGCCUAACGUUUACUUUCAAAAGCAAAUAUUUUUCUGUCGCGAGCACGUGAUCGUCUUCGUCUAUUUUUACCACAAUUGCUGUAUAGAUCGAGCCUGAAGAUACAUCUCUUGUUAUUUUAUUUGUUGCAAUGGCUCAGCUUCUUGCAACUGCUGCAUUGGAUCCUCUCUCCGUAAGGAUACGCGAACUCGUAGAGAAAUACAAUAAUCUAGACUAUGAACUGAAGUCUAGAAGAAGUGUAGCAUCAAUAAAUAUAAUCAAUUUAACCAAGAAUGUGAACUUUGAGAAUAAAAUCAUUUUCCUUAGAUUGCCCCAGAUUGUAAUAAAAAUGUCACUCUCUUCCUCUGAUUUCCAAUCUGUUUGUAAUCACAUAGAUGUAUCUAAAGCUAUUUUAGACUGUAUAUUUUAUUAUCAGACAUACAUAUUUAAUUCUGAUGACUUUACAUUUGAAAAGACUAAAGAACAAACUUUGAUGUUAAUGUUGACACUUCUUAAUUUUUGUGCAACGCAGGAGGUGUCAUCUUUUUUGGAAACCUGCCUCAUCAAAAACUCACCCGUAGAUAAUCAUGUAUAUGUAGAAUAUAAAAAACUACUUUCACAUAAGACCAUUGAAAUGAUACUCUUGGAAGAGGCAGAUUUGUAUGCUGUUAUUAGCUAUUUAAAGAUAUCCGACAAUUCUCAAAAUUUAAGUAAGAUAUGGAUACCACAUUCGAUGAAAUUCGACUUUUUAUCAUUGAAAAAUCGACAUUUUAGGAAUCUCAAUAGUGACAUUUGUAUAUUUGAAUCUAAACAAGAGUUACUUACACCUCCUAUAUUUUAUAGAAUAAACGUAACAUCCAUAUGGACCGAGAACAUUGCGGCUGCAAAAAAUUUAGCAGCAUCCUUAGAUAGAAACAUUGUUCUCAUAAAUACAUUGGAUUUCUACGAUGGCAUAAUUUUUAUGCCUUAUACAGAGAUAUUUAAAAUUUUACUGCCUCAACAUCUCAAUUUGAGCGAGGAUGAACAGAUAAUAAACAUGAUACAGCCAAUUAAGACAAAGAAGGCAACAAAGCCCAGUGCACCUGAAGAUCCUACAAAACUUGUUGUGCUUCAGAAUCUAUUUUAUGAUGGUGCAUGGCAACAGCCCGUGAAAAACAUUUACUGGACAUAUAACAGCAUUCAAAGGGCGAAUGCCACAAGAGACGAUGUCAGCAGAUGCGUCGCAUCAGCUAGAAAAGGAUUCAAAAUCUGGAGCGCAUUGUCUACUGAAUCCAGAAUGCAAGUGUUAUCCAAGUUUGCAUCUGCAUUGGAACACAACGGUAAACCCAAGUUAUCGAAAACAGUAUUCAAAUGGCUACAAUUUCCAUAUUGGUAUCGGAGUGUGAAGAGUCCUAUGCUCGACUGCCUGGUGACGAGAACCUGUAAGCCGAAAGGCAUAAUCACGCUCAUGGCGGCGAAGGUGACGGAUCUGUUUCAGAAAUUGACGCAGAGCCUGGUCAUCGGCAAUUCCGUCAUCGUGAUAUGCACGAUGAAGUCAUGCAACAUAGCGGAGUACUGCGACAUGCUCUCGACAUCCGGGAUACCGCCGGGCGUCGUAAACCUGCUGUCGUGCCACACGGUAAAGCUCCUAAAUGCUGAACGUUACAAAGCGACCGAACUAAGAGAGAUGUAUCAUCAGUUUACCAUAAGCAAGCAAGUUGUAACCAUGAUUUAGAGAUUGCAACGAUUGCCCGUGACGAGGCCACCGAGACGUUGACAUUUGGAAUGUAAAUAGAUCUCUCUGUUUCCCAACUUUACCUUGAUAUCUCACUUCGAUUUUAUGAAAAAAGUCUAUCACUCACCAGUCGACUUGUCAAAUAAAGGUUCAUGAUUGAGUAACUGCGUGGACACUUGCAAUCGUUAUGGAAAGACAUAUGUGCGUCGCGAUUAUUGGUUAAGGUAAUCGAUAUUAUUUGCGUAGGCUGUCAUUUACCCUAAAAUUUCGCGUUUACGUUUCACACGCGCUUCACGGAAAUUUUUUUUUUUUUCAUUUUGUACCUUAUACGGAUUUUUAAUUCCCUGCGAUGUUCGCAACAUUUAAAGAUAAGAACUUAAAAA